AUGUCUCAUAUCCAUUACAUAUUCCCCAGCUUUUCCUUCCAUGAACAGCCAUCAGAUGUCUUUAUUAAGAACCCAAUAGUGAUUGAGAAGUUCUACGCACACAUCAUCACCUUGGUGUUUGCUGUUGAUGAGAUCAAUGAGAAUCCCAAGAUCUUACCCAACACCACUCUUGGAUUCCAUAUCUAUGAUAGCUAUUUUUAUUCAAGGAUGACCUACCGAACCACUCUGAAUCUGCUCUUUACGUCACAUCACUUUGUCCUCAACUACAUAUGUGGCAUUCAUAAGAAUUUAGUAGGAGUCAUUGGGGGACUUAGCUCUGAAACCUCCUUAUCCAUGGCAGAUGUCUUAGGUCUUUACAGGAUUCCACAGAUUUCAUAUGGUUCAUUUGAACCAGCCACAAAUGAUCAAAUCAAACUUGCUCCCUUCUACCGCAUGGUCCCCAAUGAAGAUCUUCAGUACAAGGGAAUUUUGCAGUUGCUUCUGCAUUUUGGAUGGAAAUGGGUCGGGCUCAUGACUCCAGCUAAUGAAGCUGGAGAACGUUUCUUACAUUUCAUUGAACCAAUGCUUUUCCAGAAUGGAAUCUGUUCAGAAUUCACAGAAAAAAUUGAAUACCAUAUGCAUUUCACUGGUAACAUAGUUGAUUCGUUACGUGAAAGAAGGACUUUGUCCCCAGCUUUCAUGUCAAGUAAAGCUAAUGCAGUUGUUAUAUAUGGGGAAAGUACAUCUACAAUAUGGCUAUCAAAUAAUAUGGAGAUAAUGAAUAUGAUUCAGCUGAUAUUGCCUCCAUCUAAGAGGAAGCAACCUGGAGGAAAACUGCACUCAUUCCUGCAGAGGAUCUCAUUCAACAACAGUGCCGGGGAUGAAAUUACAUUCAAUGAACAUGGAGAAUUAGCAGCUGGCUUUGAUAUUACAAACCUGGUCACUUUCCCAAAUAAUUCCUAUGUCAGGGUCAAAGUUGGAGAGCUGGAUCCUCAGGCCCCUCCUGGAAAAGAGCUCUCCAUUAACGGGGAUGGAAUCCAUUGGCACAGAGUCUUCACUCAGGUGCCACCCCUUUCAUUAUGUAAUGCCAACUGCCUUCCAGGUUAUGAGAAGAAAAAGAAGGAGGGGAAGAAGUUCUGUUGUUAUGACUGUGAUCCAUGUCCUCAUGGGAUGUUUUCAAAUGAGAAGGGGUUGGAAACCUGUGCCAGAUGUCCUCCAGAUAAAUAUCCAAAUGAAGAGCAGAAUGAGUGCAUUCCCAAGAAACCAAACGUCCUAGAUUUUGGUGAAACUUUGGCCAUUGUUUCAACUUUCUCUGCGCUUUUAUUCUCUCUGAUCACAGCUAUGGUACUUGGCAUUUUCAUUAAGCACCGGAACACUGCCAUCGUCAAAGCCAAUAACAGAAGCCUGACUUACAUUCUCCUCAUCUCCCUCCUCUUGUGUUUCCUGUGCUCCUUGGUGUUCAUUGGAAUGCCUAAUAAGGCAACCUGCCCACUCCGACAAACGGCAUUUGGCAUUGUCUUCUCUGUGGCCCUCUCCAGCAUCUUGGCCAAGACUAUUUCAGUGGUUUUGGCAUUCAUGGCUACCAAGCCAGGGUCCAGGAUCAGGAAGUGGGUAGGCAAAAAACUGGCUUAUUCCAUUGUCCUUUCCUGCUCUGUGAUUCAAGUAGGAAUCUGUGCCUCCUGGUUGGCAACCUCUGUCCCAUUCCCAGAUGUGGACAUGCACUCAAUGAGUGAAGAAAUUAUAUUCUUAUGUAAUGAAGGGUCAGUCCUCAUGUUUUAUGGUGUUUUGGGCUACAUGGGCUUCCUGGCCACUGUCAGCUUCACUGUGGCCUUCUUUGCCAGGAAGUUGCCUGACAGCUUCAAUGAAGCCAAGUUCAUCACCUUCAGCAUGCUGGUCUUCUGCAGUGUUUGGCUCUCCUUUAUUCCCACAUACUUGAGCACCAGAGGAAAAUACAUGGUGGCUGUGGAGAUCUUCUCCAUCUUGGUUUCUAGUGCUGGGCUGCUGGGUUGCAUCUUUUCCCCUAAAUGCUACAUUAUUGUGGUGAGGCCUGAGCUGAAUAACAGAGAACAGCUGAUACGGAGAAGGAUGUAA